GAGUCCAGCAGACGUACUGCUGGACGCAGCAUUGCCGCAAACGGAAAUGUUCUUUCACCACCAACUGUGUCGCCGCAAGCGAACACCACCAUGGCGAUACCUAAAAUAAUCCUCCAUAAAGUCACCAUCUUUGUGAUCUCGCAUCUGUCUUUUCGACAUGCGCAUCCAUGGUGUUUAACCCCACAAGUCCGAUUCGUAUCUUCGGCCGUGAGAGUGCUAAUCAGUCUCUACCUGCCACGACUUGCAGCGAAGUCGCUGCUGCUGAAGUCCCUACGACCAUGUCGCCUGCACAGAUCCCACGCGCUCCAUCGCCCUUACGCAUAGGGUCCGGGUGGAGGGACGGUACGACACGGAUUAUGCGCCCAUCGCAGUCAUCGCGGGACGGACAACAACACACUGCACCGGAGAUCAGUCGCUGGUCAAAGACCACUACCGACACAGAAGUCUCAGAGGCACCUAAGGAGGCACUCACCAAGAAGAUGAACGUCCUUAAGAAGAGGAUCAGGCAGAACAGACAGUCGAAGGACACUACAAAAUCGAGUCCUGUAGAUCCAGCCUAUGAUCCUGUCGGCAAAAAGUUCCUCCCUACCGCCGUUCCUGGUUCCAGGGGUCCUCAGACGUUUUACGACUCUAGCUCCGAUGAUUCUAGCGAAGCGGAACCAAUUAUCCACCGCGCAAGCAGCGUUCGGGUCGCCAGACCACAGAUCGUUGAACAUAGCAAUGGCUCCGGCGGUUCUGUUCCAAAACUAUAUUCUCCUCCAUCUAGCUCGACGAACCAAGAUGCAGCAGAAGAAGCGGAGCAACCAAAUGCUGAAGCAGAAGCUGCAGUUACUGGUGGACCGAACGAUGCAUUGAAAGCCCUUCAAGGCCAAGAUGGGGACAACGUGCCAGUGACUGCACUUCCACAAAUCCCAGCAGAACAAGAUGCCACCCUGAAGCAGACCAUCCUCGAAUGGCCCGACACGCCCAGCAAACUCGAGGCACUCGACACACUCCCAACACCGAUGGGCGGCUUCGGAUCACUGCGUAUGCCCCGAACAGCCACAGGUACAACAUCAUCAAGCGGCACAUAUGUGGCCACGCCCUCCGUCAAGAUUGACGGUCUGCGCUCGAACCCGCCUACCGAAGGCGACAAAAAACUAUCUCGAGCAAUCUCCGCGCCAGUCCGCAACUCGGCAGGCCGUCGAGUCAUGAUCCGUCCCUCCGAUCUAGUCAUCAACCGCAACUCCAACAACCACAAGCUCUUCCGCGAAAGCAUCGUGAGCACCCCAUACCCCGCCCGAAAGAACAGCAUCGGCGACAACAAUGUCCCUGCACCUGCACAGGUAAACAAACUAUCGUCGCCCAAGAACAAGAGCCUCCGUCGUGCACGCCCGCUGCACAAAGAUGAGAACGUCGGAACCGAGACGAAGUCCGGUGAGAAGAGCAGCAAAGGGACAGGAGCGCCCGAAAUUCCUCUGUCGACCAAGCCCACCAUCACUCCAGCACUUACCAGCGCAAGAUUUAAGUCCGAUCGCUUCCCAUCUCCCGUCGCUCCCGAAGUCCUAGUCCUCGACCUCCGCCUUGCCCGCCACCCCUCAGCCCGCGUCCAGAUCGAAAUCGAAGUCGACGACAAAACGACCUUUGACGAUGAACAGCUCUUCACCCUAAUUCGCGCCAGCUACAACAAACAACUUCUGGGCGUGGUGCGACGAGUGUUUAGCGCGAGGUCGCUCUCGCACGCUAGUCUGUCCACCAAGGAUGCCGAUCUCACUCUUGCGCCCUCGUACUUACACGGCAGUACUUCCGCUGCAGGAGAGAUCGAUGGCACCGAUUUUAUCAAGCACCUCCUGCACCCCCGCUGCGGCCGCCGACGGAAGAUGUGGUUGCUGUGGCUGCGCAAUAUGCAGUACCAUGAGUCUUCUCUGGCUAUGUCGGGACGGUCACGUCGUAUGGCGAUGUCAAUGGCCAGUGGAAAUGCUACCGGUAGCCCGGAUUCGCCCUCGCUGUCGCCGGUGUUUUCGUUUGUGCAGACUGCACAAUCGUCGCAUAGCCGGAGUGGGAGCGAGUCGUCGCCUGUGAGCGCAAGUGCCGGCCCACCAACCACCGGCAGCAGCAUUCGGAUUCCGCGCAUGCCGUUCCAGCCGUUCCGGAGCACGAGGUCUCGUGGCUCAUGGGGGACUGGUGCCAGCGGGCCACCGGCCGUGUAUUUACACUACAGAUUCUCUAUGUGGAAGAUCGUGGGUAUGUUGUUGCUCACUUUCUUCCUGGCCAUCUUCACGGCGACCAUGUGGAUUUUGUUCGGGGUUCCUGGGCGCAAUGCGGGUCAGGGCAACGGCAAGACAGUCAUCGGAGGAGAGCCGUAUACGCUGAGUUGGAAGAGGGAUGCUCAGAGCCGGGUUGGGGUCGGUUUGGUUAUGGGAAUUGUGGUGCUGGGUUUGGGACUGGUCAGUGAGGCGGUUUGGGUGUGGGCGAGUUGGGUUCUGGUUUGAUCUGGGUUUCCGUCUGACUGGGCUGAUGGGAGAUCCUCCAUGCUGUGCAUUGGAAGGGCUUCCAGAUUAACAUGGUCAUCCACUGGGAUGAGGUAUCUGCUCGACUAAAUGUGCAGUAGACACAACGUAAUA